GGUUGGUCGCAGUCUUUCUUAACAGAACAAAAUCCCAAAUCGAAUCGAAACGAAACGAAGAGCGGAGGGAGGGAUAAUAGAGAUAAGAGAAGAAGAGAAACUUCAAGCUUCCAAUUGGAUCGCAAUUCCAAAUUUUAAUUAUUAAUUAUUUUCCUUUUGGUUUUCUUCUUCUUCGUCUUCUUCCGGUGUAUCUGAAUCGCUGAUUGCUGCGGUAAUGGGGAAAAAUCAAGCCUACAAAGCUAUGCAGAGAGCCAGGUUAGGUUCCACAUCUGCCGGACCCGACGAGGUGGAGGAUGGCAUGGUGGAUGGUUCAUUUCAUUCACCAGAGUGGCAUGCGGCUCGUUUGGCCAGCCUUAAAACGUCUCACACCAUUACCUGGGAAGAGUACAAGAAGAAGCAAAAAGAAGAUGAACUGCGAAAGGGGGAGCUUGAGAAAGACACUGAUAGAAUGAUGAGAGAGUACCGAGCUCAACUUGAUGCCGAACGCUCUCGCAAACUCUCCCAAGGAAGAAACCAUUCCUCUUCUUCUUCUACUCGCAAAAGAGAUAGGAAGGAGAAAGAUCUAAAGAAGCGCAGCAGCAGCAGCAGCAAAAGGAAAAAGCAUUCUUCAAGAAGAAGAUCAUCGGAAUCUAGUUCAUCGUCCAGCUCGUCAGAGGAUUCUUCUAGCAGUGAUGAAGAAGAGAAGGAAGCAAGAAGAUCUAAGUCAAGGUCUAAGAGAUCUAAGAAGGAAAAGAAGCACAAAUCAAAGACCAAGCACGCUGGGAAUGGUAACGAUGACAAGGCUGAAGGACCUGUACCCCUUUCAAGAUUCUUUGAGAGUGUCAAGAGCUAGUCAUUGUAAUAGAUUUUGUGUUCCUUAUAUCAUUAGGUGAUGAUAUCCAUUUGGGUGUACAAAUUAUUCCAUUGUUUCUUAGAUUCAUGUUUUCCCCUUUGAUAAUUUUUAAUGUCUCUUAGUAUUUUAUUUUUCUCUUUUAUUCCGCACCUUCCCUUGACAUUUCUAAGUUUGCUUCAACAUUGAAAUUUGAUAUUGAUAUGGUUCAAAUGAAAGUUUACCCAUGGAUACAUGGGGAGUUUAGUUUUCGAAAUGUAA